AUGAUUAAAGGCAAUUGGAGUUUAUCAGCAGAAUUAAAACAAAAUGAACGAAAGCGACAAUCAAAAAUUCAACAACGACAAAAACAUCAAUUUAAAUUAGAUAAAUUAAAACAAAUAGAUCCAAUUAAAUUAUAUCAUCGUAUCAAGAGAUUGGAAGAACAAGAAUCAAGAUCAAUUAAAGAUGAUGAAUAUUUAAACAAUUUACAACAAGAUUGGGAAUUUAUAGAAAAGAAUAAAUUACAUCAAUUAAAGAUUAAAACCUUCUUUGAUAAUCAACAGAAACUACAACAACAGAAACAAAAGGAAUUAAAUAAAUUAUGGGGACAGAAAUCUAUUUAUUUUAAUCCAGAAUUAAAUCCUCUUGGUAAAAUACCUGAUAUAAAUAAUCUAUCAGAAAGGUUAGAACCAUUAGAGAAUUUAACAAUACCAUUAAAGAAUAGGAAGCAAAUAACAAAAUAUGAAUCAGACCCACUUAUUCAACAAUUGAAUAUUAAGCUUCCAUCUGGGGACCCUCCAAGAUUCUACAAAUUAAUUCAAAAUACAUCUAAACCAAAACCAAAGGUAAAAAUAGAUGAGGCAGAGGGAGAUGAUGAGGAACUCCAAGCUAAACAACUUAAUGAAUCAGAUGCUUCUCCUGUUGAUUCAUCUGAUAAUGAAGAUGAAGAAGAAGAAGAUUACAAUAAUCAUAAAAAACCAAAGCUAGUUUAA